ACGAAUUGUUGAGAGAACGUUUCGUGUAAUUAUAGUUCAUUGUAAAAUAAAGUAAAUAAAAAUUCAAUAUUAAAUUAUUUGUUAUAAAGCAAUUAUUUGGAUCAUGAGCACAGAGAAUACGUUGUUGAAAAAUGUGAAAACCGUUCCUACGAUACUAUUAAGUAACGCAUUUUCAAUGCCUAUGAUAGGCUUGGGUACUUGGAGAUUAAAUCGCAAUCCUACAGAUGUGAUUUAUGAUGCCAUCGAUGUCGGUUACCGACAUUUUGAUUGCGCUCAUAUUUACCGGAACGAACCCGAAAUCGGAAAAGCAUUCAAGGAUUUGCUACAGAAAGACGUCAUCAAAAGGGAGGAUAUAUUUGUCACAAGCAAAUUGUGGAAUACUUUUCAUGAACCAUCUUUAGUGCGGAAAGCGUGUGAGACGACCCUCAAAAAUUUGUGUAUUGAGUACCUGGACAACUAUUUAAUUCACUGGCCGAUGGCCUAUAAAGAAGGCGAUGAAUUGUAUCCCAAAGAUGAAAACAAUCGAUUCAUUGCCUCCCCGGUCGAUUACGUAGACACUUGGAAAGCAAUGGAACCGCUAGUAGAUGAGGGCUUAUGCCGUACAAUAGGCUUGUCUAAUUUUAACAUGGAACAAAUCGAACGUAUACUGAAAGUAGCCCGCAUACCGCCUUCAAAUUUACAAAUCGAAUGUCAUCCUUAUUUGAACCAAACAAAUCUAAUGGAAUUCUGCCGAUCCCAUAAUAUGGUAGUAACUGCUUACAGCCCUCUCGGUUCACCCACUUCCCCCUAUAAGAAGCCCGGGAAAUAUCCAAUUUUACAAAAUCCGAAAGUUUUAGAAAUAUCAGAUAAAUAUAAAAAAAGUCCUGCUCAAGUAUUAAUACGCUAUCAGAUCGAUAGAGGUAAUGUGGUUAUACCAAGAUCUGCGAGUAAGGAUCAUAUGCGCGAGAAUUUCUCUUUGUGGGAUUUUACUUUGAAGGCCGAGGAUAUACAAGCCUUGAAUGAACUUUGUUUUCAUGGACGAUACAUGAUAAUGGUGGAUGCCCAAAAUCAUCCGCAUCAUCCCUUCGCUGACGAGCUUUCUUAAAUUUUGUGUGUUCUCAAUGUUGUCUUCCUCAAAAAUUGUGUGA